GUGUCAAACACAUUAUUCGGCUUCGAGUUAUUGAUAAACAAAAAGUUGGAUCGGUUUCACUCAUAAACAAAACAAAUUUUAAUUUCUGUAUUUGUCGAUAUUUCUAAAGUUUACAAUUCUGUGAUUUUACAUGACUUAUUCAGAGAUUCUAGCUCAGAAGGAAUUCUAUUUAUUCGUCCAGUUGCUUUUGGUCCUUUUCUUUUCAAAGAUAUGAAAGUCACUUCUCUGCCAUUGGAAGCAGUGCACAUAAAAAGGUUUUCUUGAACAUUGGGAAACGGAAUCAACCACCUGAGGGAAACGAUCACAAUUUGCAAUGGCCUGUUCUACCGAAAUCAAACUGGAAUCAAAGUUUGAUACUUUAGUUGAUUCAAAUGCUGCCGAUACAGAGAACCAGCCAUCAACAUCGGCAUCUCAAAGCAGUUAUUUCGAUUCAGACACUGAUGCAGAAGAUAUAGUCGAUGUCACUAGCUCACAACCUGUCGAAGUGGUCGACAUUGAUACAUCAGAGGACGAAGAAGAAGUAAGCAUCAGUCAUACGCCGAGGAAAGCUGGCUUACGGCAACUAACAAAGAUAAAAUCAUUUAAGGAAAGUGAUUCUGAUGACAGCGAUGAAGGAGAGACUAAGCGAACAAAAUUUACCGAUCCGGAGAAGGUGUACAAUGUUUUGGAUGAGCCUUGCAAACUGCUAAAAAAAUUGCAGAAAAACCAAUUCGACGCGGAUGUUAUUUUAGAGAAAUACGUACGAUGUACGAUCGAUGGUGGAGCAUUGAGUCGUCGAAAAUUGUACGAUUUGGAAAUGGAAGCUCUUCGAGAAAUUCUGGAAAGACAUGGAAAAAUCAUUGAGCGACUUUCGUUGAACAAGUUUUAUUGGGAGGAAACUAAAGUGCUAUGCAAUUACAGUCCGUUCAACAUCUACGCAGUUUUAACGAAACUGUGCAGAAAUCUACGAGUCCUUAUGUUUUCCGGUCCGUUUGGCUCGUUGAAAGUGUUGAAAUCGCCAUCGAAAUCGCCAAUAUCCUUGCCCAAUUUGAGAGAAAUCUACUACACUUGCGGCGAUAUGGAAACAGCUGCUGGAGAUAACCGAGAUGUUGUGCUACACACGAUCUAUCUGCAAAUCUUCAAGGGUGCAACUUCCCUCGAAAGGCUUGAAUACACAUUUCUCCACUUGAACGAAGCGAAUCAAAUUUUUAAAGCUAUGCGCGAUGCAACAUUGGAGCAGCCAUUAAAGUUCUUCAAACGCCUCAAAUUUAUAAGCACCAAAGAGGAUGUAGUACUCGAAGAGGAGCAAAUAUCCACAUUAAGUUUGAUCAAACUUCCGAAUCUUGAACACUUGGAAUUUGGUAAUGGCAUUUGGCAAGAUGUUAAGGGUGCGACAUUCGAAAAAAUGCUGUCGAAUUUUAGAAAGCUACAAACAUUGAUCAUGCACGGAUCGCGACUGGGAGAUCCAUCAUCAGCUAAAUCCGAUUUGGUCAUUAACUUUCCUCGAAUGGACAAAUUGAGCACAUUGAGUAUGGGAGCUGAAUACGAAUUUGAAUCUGUGAUUCAAACCAGUACGAGUACUGUUCUUGCUGUGAAUGAAUCAUCCACCGAAUUGCGUAAAUUUCAGAUACGGCUACAGCAUACGCCAAAUUUACGGUCAAUUAUACUCGGAAAUCUAAUCAAUAUUGAUGAGCUAACGUUUAAAGAUUUCCCAAAUCUUGAAGUAUUCAAAGUUGGUGGACAGUGGAACACGACCUGCAAUUUUCUGCAAGAACCACCUCAUCGAAAAAUCACAGACUUGCAGUUUCCCGAUGCGUUGAAAGAUAGCAGUCUGUCGUCGCGCAUUCCGAAAAUGUUUCCUGCAUUAAGAAAGUUAUGGAUCUACUUACCUAGUGUCUUCUGUUUGCGAGGAUUUUUUGAAGCUAUGUCAGAGGCAAAACAUGUCAAAAUCGAGGAACUUCAUCUCAAAACCCAAUUCGAUUUCGAAUCAACGUUAGAAUCCUGCCUCUUAGGACGAUCGACUGCUUCGUUGCGAUCGCAGCAAGAUAAACGGAAUUUGGAGCUGCUCAAACGAUAUUCACAUUUCGAGGACUACGUCAGACAUUACAACAUCGAACUGCCAAUCGUGAAGGAUGAACAGAACGAGGAAGAUUUUUCGUCGCCCGGAAUCGGUGUGCUGAAAUCGUUGAAAGUGCUUCAAAUGGAGCAUAUUCCGAGAAUAUUGCGUAUUCCAACGGGUGCAUUUCAUUGGCUGGACUAUCGUUGCGAACUGACAAACGACUUCAUUGGGUAUCGUCGGUAUCCUUUGAGUCAGAAAUGCAUAAACGAGCUGCAUGUCAAAAGUAUGCACACCUUCGUGUGGCCGAAUUUUGAGUUUACCGGAAGUACUCGAAAGUUUGUGCAAAAUGGUUUAUCGGGUUACACAGCUGCUGGUGAAGCAUCAACCAGUCAACGCCGGGUGAGCAAUGCGAAGCGUAAAAAACUACAUGUUACAAUACAACCUUCAAUGUUACGUCCGAAAGAAUAUAAAAUAAAAGCUGAACGCUCCUAAAAUUCA